AUGUUACAAUUUGUGGUAGAUUGCUUUGCUUAUAGGACAUUGUUCCUCUGCGCUUUUCGUUGUUGUUAUUGCUCCCAUUUCAAUCCACCGCGACAAAGUCGUCGUGUGGCUCCAGUUCCAUCAAAUAUUGCUCAGUCUGUGCCACAUUUGGUUUUCAAUUGUCCUCCGCCAUCUGAUCGAGACUCGGAUGAGGAGUGCUCUGUAAAGCGGCGCGUCUCUGUGCCGGCCUCACUGGCAACCUCGCAUUCACCCACCCUGGUGGAAACCAACGGUAAAGACUCCCCCGCUUCUGAGUCCAGGGAAAGCAAGGAGGAUAUCACGAUUAAUGGAAACAAAGAAUAG